AGUCCCUUUGCAGCUGCCAUUGCCGGUGCAGUUAGAGACAGGGAGAAGAGGCUUGAUGCUCAUCGCAACUCCCCAUCUUUUAAGUCAACAGAUGCAGGUGAUGAGGACGUGGUGCCUACACCAGCCCCACGUCUCCGACACUCUAAGUCUAUUGAUGAGGGCAUGUUUAGCAGCGAUGAGCGGCUGCGUAGGCUCAUGGCACCUCCCUCAUCACUACUUAGCAUCCCUAGAGGUGGUGGUAACGUGACAGACUUCAACAGCCCUGAGCCCACCAUGGUAAGGGAACUGUUGAACACCCGUACAGGACACAGCCCGAUCAGUCUGCCUGCUCAUAAGACCUACAGCUCAGGAAGUGGGAAUUACGUUCACCCAGUAACAGGCAAGCCACUAGACUCCAAUUCACCAUUAGCUUUAGCAUUAGCUGCCAGAGACCGAGCCAUGAGGGAGCAAUCACAGCCUCUUCCGCUAAAGAGUGGCCCAUCCAAACUUGAUCUCAAUAAACCGCUUUUUAUCGACACCAAGCUUAGACCAAAUGUGGCGGUUGGCUUCUCAAGUACCGCUACCAUGGGCCGUCCCCGCGGGGGCCUGCGGAGGCAGAUGACGGAGUCCAAAUAUGAGACU